AUGUCCUUAAACUCUCAUAAUCAAGACUUUUCGAAUUUAGGGUCCGUGGGUGCCAUUAAUCUUCCUAUGCCUUGUUUUAAGUUUAAUGACCCGCAAUUGUGGUUUGUCCGUCUAGAACAUUUCUUCAUGGCCAAUCAUAUAACUUCACAAAACACAAAGUUCGGAUACACAAGCUCUGUUUUGCCGGAAGAAGUGGCUGAACAAGUAAGGGAGACACUACUAAAGCCCCACCCAGACACACCUUAUGAUGUUUUGAAGCAGGAGGUGCUGAAAGCUACUUCGUUAUCUGACCAGAAGGCUGUCGAUCAACUACUAAGUAGCAUAUGCCUCGGUGACAGAACACCUUCACAACUUAAGCGACAUAUGCAAAGUCUGCUGAAAGAUAGGAAAGUAGACAACCGUUUAUUCUACCAGCUCUGGCUGCGGAGACUUCCUUCAUGCAUUCAGCAGAUAUUAGCUGUCGGAGAUGCGGACAUUGACAUUGACAGGUUGGCUGACAUCGCUGACCGUAUGUACGAAAGGAUGCCUAAACCGGUUGAAAGUAUUGCUGAGCCAACGCAAAACGACCGAGUGGCCGCUUUAGAGAGGAAGAUAGACAUACUUACAGGACAACUGACGGCUUUGCAGUUAAACCGACGGUCACCGAAGUUCUGUAGAAGCAGAUCCCGUAGUCGUGAUAGGACCACGAGUAGAAUUGCGUCUAAAAGUAGCACGUGCUGGUAUCACAAGAAGUUUGGCAGUAAAGCACGUCGUUGUUUGUUACCAUGCGAUUUAAAACCUUUUCAUCGGGAAACGGAAAGGCCGGCGAUCAGUGACGACUGCUGUCGCCGGCGUACAACAACACAGUCGUUUGUUUCGAGUGACGGAUAG